AUGGCCGUGAAGCAGAAAUUUGUACCGUCAUAUACAAGUAAAAGGAGCUCGUGCAGCGGUAGCACUGCCUUGGCGGGUCGGCGGGAGGGCGCUUGCCUGGGCCUGCCCCCGGGCAACCUAAGAAGCCCAGGGAAGACUUGGCAGGCAGGGUUAGGCAGCACAAAGGAAAAAAAGGCGGCUGACCUUGACGCUGGCAAGGGCUGUGUUCACAACCGAAAGCUGUCAGCCAGGGUCGCAUCCCCAUCCCUUGUCAGCUACAAACCUGCUCCUUACGUUUACACAGGCGACAUGGGGCAAGCCGCCACCGGUUCGAGCCGCACUUACAUGGAGCUAGGAGCGGCAAGUUGGCUAGGUAUUCAGACAAUGAUUCGGGACACGGUGGCCAAGGUUGACAUAAGCGUAUGCGAAUUCGUUCAGAUAGUUCGAGGAUUGAACAAGAUGGAGGAUGGAGGGACGGCCAUUUUGCAGCAAAGCAGAAACAUGGGCGCAAGGAGCACAUCGAGAUCGACGUCCAGUGUGAGUGUGAAGGAAUUGGAGAAGCUAUGA